GUCCCCUCCUGGUGCCCUCCCGGCGCGCGGCAGAGGCCGGCAGGUGCGUGCAGACGCCGACCGUCAUGGAGCACAUCCGCACGCCUAAGGUUGAAAAUGUCCGCCUGGUAGACCGAGUAUCUUCUAAAAAAGCGGUCCUAGGGACUUUGUAUUUGACAGCUACUCAUAUCAUAUUCGUGGAAAAUGCAUCUGACACAAGAAAAGAAACGUGGAUUCUUCACAGUCAGAUUUCUACGAUUGAAAAGCAGGCAACGACUGCUACUGGAUGCCCUCUGCUCGUUCGCUGCAAGAACUUUCAGAUUGUACAGCUGGUCAUACCACAGGAGAGAGAUUGUCACGAUGUGUAUGUCUCUCUGAUACGCCUCGCAAGGCCAGUGAAAUACGAGGAGUUGUACUGCUUUUCAUUCAACCCCAAGCUCGAUAAAGAAGAGAGAGAACAAGGCUGGAGGCUGAUUGACCUAGGUGAAGAGUACAAGCGGAUGGGCCUUCCUAAUAGCUGUUGGCAGCUCAGCGAUGUGAAUAGAGACUACAGAGUCUGUGACUCAUACCCCUCGGAACUGUAUGUUCCCAAAUCGGCCACGGCACACAUCAUCGUGGGGAGUUCCAAAUUCCGGAGUAGACGGCGAUUUCCUGCCCUCUCUUACUACUAUAAAGCUAACCACGCCUCCAUCUGCCGCAGCAGCCAGCCCCUGUCCGGCUUCAGUGCCCGGUGCCUGGAGGAUGAGCAGAUGCUGCAGGCCAUCCGGAAAGCCAAUCCAGGAAGUGACUUCAUUUACGUCGUGGACACUCGGCCUAAACUGAACGCGAUGGCAAACCGCGCUGCAGGGAAAGGCUACGAGAACGAAGACAAUUACUCCAACAUCAAGUUUCAGUUUAUCGGGAUAGAGAACAUCCAUGUCAUGAGGAACAGCCUGCAAAAAAUGCUGGAAGUGUGUGAGCUUAAAUCUCCCUCGAUGAGUGAGUUCCUGUGGGGACUGGAGAACUCUGGCUGGUUAAGGCACAUCAAGGCCAUCAUGGAUGCAGGAAUCUUCCUCGCAAAGGCAGUUUCCGAGGAAGGAGUAAGCGUGCUUGUUCACUGUUCUGAUGGCUGGGAUAGGACGGCACAGGUGUGCUCGGUGGCCAGCCUCCUGCUGGAUCCUUACUACCGGACUCUGAAGGGCUUCAUGAUAUUAAUUGAAAAGGACUGGAUUUCCUUUGGUCAUAAGUUUAAUCACAGAUACGGCAAUCUAGAUGCUGACCCAAAGGAGAUCUCCCCAGUGGUUGACCAGUUCAUUGAAUGUGUCUGGCAGCUGAUGGAACAGUUUCCCUGUGCCUUUGAGUUCAAUGAGAGGUUUCUGAUUCACAUCCAACAUCACAUUUAUUCCUGCCAGUUCGGAAACUUCCUAGGUAACAGUCAGAAGGAGAGACAAGAACUCAAAGUUCAGGAAAGAACCUACUCUUUGUGGGCUCACCUGUGGAAGAAUCGAGCCGACUACCUGAACCCUCUGUUUAGAGCUGAUCACAGUCAGACCCAGGGAACACUUCCUCUUCCCACGACACCAUGCAACUUCCUGUACAAGUUUUGGAGUGGCAUGUAUAACCGCUUUGAAAAGGGGAUGCAGCCCCGACAGUCAGUUACAGAUCACCUUAUGGCAGUGAAGGAGGAGACGCAGCAGCUGGAGGAGGAAUUAGAGAUUCUAGAAGAAAGGCUGGAAAAAAUCCAGAAAGUCCAGUUAAAUCGCACUAAAGUGAAGAGUAAGCCGAGUGAGCCCAGCAGACACUCAGGGUUUUCCACCUCAGACAACAGCACGGCCAACACGCCGCAGGACUACAGUGGAAAUGCGAGAUCAUUUCCGUCCAGGAGCCCCUCACAAGGAGACGAGGAUUCCGCUCUGAUCCUAACCCAAGACAACUUGAAAAUCUCGGACCCAGACCUGUCAGGCAACAGUGAUCAGGAGUCCGGGGUGGAGGACCUGAGCUGCCGGUCUCCAAGCGGUGGGGAGCGUGCGAGCGAAGACAGCAGCAAGGACCGGGAUUCUGACGAGGCAGUGUUCCUCACGGCGUGAAGCUUCCCCUUGAGGUUUCAGAAUAAAAGACACACAACAAACACUUCCAAAAAUAAGGGAACCGUGCAAUUUACAAUGAAAACUCUCUCAAGAAAGGGACCGUGUCAUCAGGAAUGAUAAACUGUAGCUAUAAAAAGGGAAAAGAUGGCCAACUUUUGGUUUCGUUUGCUGUUGAAGAACAGGAAAUAGCCAUUUCUCUCAUCAAAUGUAAGAAAAUUAUUUCAGAACUCACUCCAGACUCUUGAAAAUCUUCUUUGCCGUGGCGCAGUUACUUCUACCACCAUCUGAGGUUACAGAAGAAACCUCCCUUGUCAUAGCGCGCAUCCACUCACAGGGCCCUAAGCCCUUUCUGUUCUACCAUUAUCAUCUUCAACUUCCCCCGUAUCUCAUCUCCAGAUCUGUAUUUUGUUUUCUGAAACAUCUGACAUUAUCUUCCUUUCUGACUUUAGCAAUAUUUUUAUAAACAGAGCACAUUGUUGAGAUGCAUCCUUUGUGGUUACAGAUAUAUCCUUGUAAUUGAGGAGCUCUGUGAUUGCUUAAGCUUAUGUUGCGGGUUUAAUAAUCAUGUUUACCAUUCCUUAGAUAAAUAUUUGCAUUGUUACAAUAAUUUUGUUGCUUUUCUCUGAACCUCUCCUGUUACUCAUCAUUUAAAAAAUGCUAAGACUUGUGACUUUUUCUUUAACAGGGGUCUAACACCUAAUAAAGUAAAAGCAACCUUCGCUCUCUGGUUCUUACAUCUGAAUUCAGAUGAUAUUAGCUUUAUUAAUAACAACUUCUAUUACUGUUCCAGAGAUGACAACUACCAAGACCUUGUGGGCCAACCACCAGCCGGACCCCUGAAGACUAACAACGUGAAGCAGCUCACAGGGUAAAAUUUCAAGGAAGGAAAAUCCCGGUUAAGAACUAGAAAAUGGUUUAAUUAACAUUAGUAACGUCUGAUGACCACUGACUGCUGAAAGUCAUGAGUUUUUGUUUGGCUAAAAUGCACAUCUGAAGCUGAAUCAUGCCCUGUCUUAUUAUCAAACAUGGGACUUUACUGGGUUAACUAAACUUCUGAUCUGAAGAAACAGUGGCAAGAAUUUGCUGUUUGGACAGAGAUAAAUAAUAUUCACACUGUAUGCUUUUAAAAUAGUACAUUCUAUAAUAUGAAGGAUUUAGAUUUAACUUUUACCAUGUACAUCAAUAUUUUGAACGUGUGAAAUUCUUUUAUAGGAAAAUGUGUUAGAUUUUACUGAAAUGGGAACACAAUGAAAGGGCAGGAAGGCUACAGUAUUGAAAUCUCUAGCAUGAAAGAUUCAGAGAGAGUGCAGUGAUAUAUAUAAAUGAAAUAAUAUAAUUGUAAUUGUGUUCAUAUUUAAAUGUGUGUUACUUUAAUAACUUUAUUAUGUAACUUAGUAUAUUAGAAACCUAAGAUAUAAAAUUACUGUGAAUGUAAAAAAUAAGGCAAGUAUAAUUGUUAGAAUAUAAAAUCUGAGCAUUCUCUAAUGAGAGCUCCCAAAUUAUUUAAGUACAAGGAAUGUUUAUUCAUUUUCUGCACUAUAGUGUAUGCAGUAGAGAAUACCUUGUUAAUGAGAGAUACUUAGGAUAUAGUAGUAUUGGCUUUGCAUUUUUAUAACAUAACUUGCUUCA